AUGUGCCGUCGCAGUCCAAUCCAGCCGACGUGGCCACUCGAAGCGCGGACAUGUCCGGUCUCAGACAACAACUCCUGUGGUGGGACGGUCCGCCGUGGCUCGCCGACAGCCUGGCCCCAGGAAGCACUUCAAGAGGUGACACCCCUGCCGUUGGCCUGCUACGCCACCCGUCUGGCUGAGCCAAUCAUACUUGAACAAUAUCCCAAGCUUCACACUCUCCUCGUCGUUCUCGUGCGCACUCGUCGGUGGGUCUGGCGCCAGUUGCGUCGCCCACCUGUCCUGCCGGUGCUCUCACCACUGACCCCCGCCGAGCUUCAAGAUGCCUUCCUGGCCUGCGUCCGUUUGAGCCAAUCGGAAACGUUUGGUGAAGAGCGCGCGCGUUUGCAGAACGGCGAGCGAUUGCCAAAAGGGAACCCUUUGACUUUUCUUGCGGCUUUCCUCGACACCAACGGCGUUCUGCGCGUCGGUGGGCGGCUGGAUUUCUCCUCGCUAACUUACGAAGAGCGGCAUCCACCGAUCCUUAGCGGAGCCUCAUCGCUCGCCUCACUGGUCCUUCCUUGGGCCCAUACUCGAGCUCUUUACGGCGGAUACAGGGUCACUAGCGCCUACGCGGCCAAGCGUGCAUGGAUUCGCGGUGGCCCACGCAGAAUCAAGGCUCAAUUGCGGUGGUGUGACGUAUGCUCCCGACUCCAGGCUCGCUCCGUGACCCAGAUGAUGGCCCCCUUACCAGCUUCACGAGUCACAUCUUCCCGCAAUUUUGGCUGCACAGGUGUCGACUACGCCGGGCCUUUUUCGGUACUUGCGUCAAAAGGACGAGGCAUACGCACUACGAAGGGUUACAUCGCCGUCUUCGUGUGCAUGACGCCAAAGGCCCUACACCUCGAGCUCGUCGGUGAUCUCUCCACAGCCGCCUUCCUGGCCCUCUCGCUCGGUUCACCGGUCGUCACGGUCGACCCUCUGAACUCUGGAGCGACAAUGCCACUUGCUUUCGACACGGUGAUCUGA